CAGCCAAUCAGGAGGCGCCCUCUCGAGGAUUCUAUUUCCUUGUGUUGCAGCUGCUGCUGGCUUUGCUGCGCGUUUCUGUCCGGCCGCCGUUGCAGCGAGGCGGCGCCGAAAGCAAAGCCGGAGGCUCAGCCAUGAGCAGCUCCCAAUCUCUCCUGUGGGCUGUGGAUAUUUUUGGGAGAGUGUACACCUUAUCCACCACCGGCCAGUACUGGGAGCUGUGCAAAGAUGGAGAGUUGGAACUGAAGCGGGUUUCGGCCAUCAAGCAAUGCUGCUGGGGACUCGCCUGCGAUCACCAAGUCUAUGUUUACGUACACGCUAGUGACGUCCCCAUCCGGUUCAAAGAGGAAACCUAUGAGAAUCAGCGCUGGAACCCGGUGGUCGGCUUUUGUGACAGCCUGCUGCCCAGUGACCGCUGGCAAUGGAGCGACAUCAGUGGGCUGAAGCACCUGGAGCUGGAUAGCUUUGCCCUGCCGUCGCCUCACUGGGAGUGGGAAUCUGACUGGUACGUGGAUGAAAAUUUUGGAGGGGAAGCCACGGAGAAAGGGGGGUGGACCUACGCCAUUGAUUUCCCUGCCACGUACACCAAAGAGCGCUGGAAUUCCUGUGUCAGACGAAGGAGGUGGACUCGGUACAGAAGGUACAAAGCACGGGACACCUGGGCAAAGAUUCCACCCCAUCAAGAUCCGAAGCAGUUGCCAGAUCCGUUUAAUGACAUCUCCGUGGGAGGCUGGGAGAUCACCGAUGAACCUCUGGGUCGACUUUCAGUCUGGGCCGUCACUCUGCAAGGCAAAAUCUGGUACCGGAACGAUGUCACACAUCACAAUCCUGAAGGAUCUUCCUGGACCUUAAUACCCGCUCCGGGCGAAGCCAUACAGAUCAGCUGUGGACCCUACGAUCUCCUCUGGGCCACCUGUUGGGAAGGACAGGCGAUCGUGAGAGAAGGGAUCGACCGAAACAACCUCCAGGGAACCUCUUGGACCCUUGUGGACCCACCGGUUGCCGACAAUGGGAUUUUGCACGUGUCUGUGGGGGUGAACGUGGUCUGGGCUGUCACGAAAGACAGAAAAGUGUGGUUCCGGCGAGGGGUGAACUCCUACAAUCCUUGUGGCACCAGCUGGAUUGAGAUGAUUGGUGAAAUGCAGAUGGUGGACGUGGGCUUAAACGACCAGGUUUGGGGGAUCAGCUGCGAGGACCGAGCAAUUUACUUCCGCCAAGGCGUCACCCCAAGUGAGCUGAGUGGGAAGAUGUGGAAAGCAAUUGCCUGCAACCGAGAGAGCGACCGAUCUCAAACCGGCAGCUCCACCAGCCUCCUGAGCGCCGGCUGCUUCUUUACGGAGGACAUCAAAGAGCAAAGCCCCUCCAUCUUUCAAAGCGAUGGAGACUCCCAGGCCGAGUCAGCCGAGUCUGAAUCCCUUCCUGAUGAUGCUGGUCGACCUGGGCCUGGUCCUGAUGCCACUAACAGUCCCCAUCCGGUCCCGGAGCUGGAUAUGGACCCGCUAGCCAGUGCUCUGGAGGAAGCUACAGCUGGGUCUGAUGGAGACCACCAAGGUGCUCCAAAUAAGCCUCUCUCCAAUCUGGACUCGCCUCCGCCCAAGCCUCAGUGGACCAACAUCGACUUAAAAGAAGCCAGCAGGCCAUCCAAAGCAGCAGCCGGCCUGUUGGCCGAGACCUCCAGCUUGUCUUCCUUCUCACCGGUUGGGAUCGAGAGCCACUUUGUGACCGAUGACCUUCCCCUCUGGACCUGGGUCUCCAGCAGAGGCUGCCUUGUGGAUGCACAAAGCGCCCUCAAAUGGUUCACUCUGCAGUCAGCGUUGAACUCCUGCGCUCAGUCGUUGACCCUCUCCAUCAGCCCCAGUCAUGCAGCCCAGUGGAGGAAGCAGAUCUUCCGGCAGCUGUCGGAAAGGACCCACCGAGAGUUGGACAACUUCAGACAUUACGAACAGGCGGUGGAACAAUCCGUCUGGGUCAAAACUGGAACUUUACAAUGGUGGAGAAGCUGGAAGCCCUAUCGUUGGGUUGACGUGCAGGUGGCUCUGGAACAGUUCACUGCCAACGACGGGACCCGGGACAGCAUUCUCUUUGUCUACUACACACACAACGAGGAAAAGAAGUACAUCCACAUGUUUCUCAACGAAGUGACUAUCCUAGUUGAGAUUCUGAAUGAGGCCAAACAUUCUUUUGCUCUCUACACACCGGAGAAGACUAAACAACGGUGGCCCAUCCGCCUAGCGGCAAGCACCGAACAAGAGAUGCGUCAUUGGCUGGCACUGCUGAACAUGUCUUGUUGUGAGGGCCGACAGCUCCAGGGCCCCCCUUCUCAUGAAGCCAUCUGGUCGCUGACCUGCAAAGGCGACAUCUUUGUGAGUGAGCCCAGCCCUGACUUGGAGGCUUUAGCACACCCGAUGCCUUGUGAUCAAAUGUUUUGGCGCCAAGUCGGAGGACAUCUGCGCCUGAUUGAAUGCAACAGUGAUGGCAUCGUGUGGGGAGUAGGUUAUGACCAUACCGCUUGGAUUUACACUGGUGGAUACGGAGGAAGUUUUUUGACGGGGCUGGCAGGCAGCAAUGAGAACAUUCACACACAGACCGACGUGAAGAGCGUCCAUAUUUAUGAAAACCAGCGGUGGAAUCCUGUCACAGGCUACACUAAUAGAGGCCUGCCCACCGACCGGUAUAUGUGGAGCGAUGUGUCUGGCUUACGCGAGUGUACCAAAGCGAACACCAAGCCUCCAUCGCCCCAGUGGACUUGGGUGUCUGACUGGGCAAUCGAUUUCAGCGUUUCGGGCGGGACUGACCGAGAAGGUUGGCAAUACGCAGCCGAUUUUCCCGCGUCUUAUCACGGCUACAAAACAAUGAAGGACUUCGUGCGCCGGAGACGCUGGGCCAGGAAGUGUAAAAUCGUCACAAGUGGGCCCUGGCUGGAAGGGCCUCCGAUCGCUUUGCGAGAUGUUUCUAUCAUGUCACACCCUCCUGGCUCCAAGGAAGAGUUUGUUCCUCUCUGGGCCAUCAGCGACAAGGGAGACGUGCUCUGCCGGCUGCAGGUCACACCCCAAAAGCCAGCGGGCACUUCCUGGCUGCACGUGGGAACAGACCAAGCCUUUGUAUCCGUCUCCAUAGGAAUGUUCCACCAAGUCUGGGCUGUUGCCCAAGAUGGAUCGGCGUUCUGUCGCGGUUCAGUGUCUUCCAAAAAACCAGAAGGCGAAUGCUGGUACCACGUCCCUUCUCCUCUGAAGCAGAAGUUAAAGCAAGUCUCCGUGGGACGAACGGCUGUGCUGGCCGUGGAUAAAAACGGUAAUUUGUGGUUUCGUGCUGGGAUCACACCGAGUUACCCUCAAGGAUCUAGUUGGGAACACAUUUCGAACAACGUCCGCAAAGUUUCCGUUGGACCCUUGGAUCAGAUCUGGGUGAUAGCUGACAAGGUCCAAGGGAGUCACAGUCUGAGCUGUGGAACUGUCUGCCACCGGACCGGAGUCCAGCCUCUGGAACCAAAGGGGGUCUCUUGGGACUACGGCAUUGGGGGAGGAUGGGAUCACAUCACCAUACGAGGAAAUGCAACCGAAAGCAUCAAGGUGGCAGCUGGGGAUGACCCAAGCAGCUCUCCUCCUGACCUUAGUAGCUUAGAGGUUCAUGGAAGCCACCAGUCACAAACCACCGUUUUUGUAGAUGGUGUCCAAGGCUUGGACAAAAACGCUGUCCAAUGUUGACCGAUCUCUUAAAGUUUCCACCUCCGGCUCAUUCCGCGUGUCCUAGAUCACGGAAACUACACCGAAGACUAGGCUGGUUUUCGAACACUCGCUCCGAGCGUGCAAAGAGACCAAGUCAACUCCCAGCAUGCGGUCUACCAACCCUUUUCAUCUUGUUUCCCUUUGGCGAGAACAGCCGAAGUCAACCCAAUCCUUGUCGAAAUGAUGCUCCAACCUGGGGGGGGGGUGUGUCUCCCAGGUGCCUGGUUGUGAUCAUCUCCCAGAAUUCCCCCGUUCUCGAUGAGCAUUCUGGGAGCUAGAUUCACCCCCAGUGGAGAAGAUCCAAGAUGGAGAAGAUCAAAUUUGGAGACCAUUGAAUAGAGAGACUGCAUGUCCCAUCACCUCAGUGGGAGAACUGGAUGUUUGUUUGUUUGUGUGUGUGUGUGUGUGUGUGUAUGAAUUCUGCUUGUGUUGUUGUUUUAACCCCUUAAUUUAUUGUGGUAUUUCUUAGGCCUGGUGCAAACUGAUGUUCUCCAGUAGGCCCUGGAUUCAUUCCCCAUGAACUAAGCCUUGGUUUAUGAUGGCCAGUACAUGACCCAAUAUGUAGGCGAAGAGGGUCAAUGAACCCUUUCUAUUAUAAGCCCCCACCUGGAGUAUAUUUGACCCCGAUCCCGGCUUUCUUAGAUGUUGUUGCACAGGCAGGUCCUGAUCUACGGUGAGCCAGCCUCCCUGGCAGGGUGGACAGGACUAAACUGAGCCAGUUAGUGAAUUCUAUAAGCAAGCACUUCUAUGUUUUAUUUUUUCUUCAAAUGCCCCAGGAGUCGUACAUUCAUCACCCAGUAAUGAGAAUUGGCAGAGAAGAAGCUGGGGAUUGAAAGCCGAGGUUGGCAGCUGGCAACCCCUGGGUUAAAAACAGCUGUGAAAAUGGUCAGUGGCUCCCUUUUGCCUUUUGAUUUAGAGCAGUUUCCCCAUCUCAGCAACUCAAAGAUGUAUGGUUUCUCUUUCUUUCUUUCUUUCUUUCUUUCUUUCUUUCUUUCUUUCUUUCUUUUCUCUCUCUUCGCUUCUUUUUCUUCCUUCUCUCUUUUUUCCUUCCUUUCUUUCUCUUCCUUUUCUUUCUUUUUCU